GAAUUUUAAAAAAGUUUUUUAGAUAAUGUUUGUGUAAAAAUGGUUAAUUGGUGCGAAAUUUGGACAUUUAUUAAGAGCCUUAAAGUAGAGCCCUAUCUAUUCAUUCAUAUGUUUGCCGGUUCUGUGGCUACAGUGACCACUGGUUUACUACUUCAGGACAAGAUAUGUGUCAAUAUCUAUGAACAACCCGACGAUUUUUGCAUGAAUUUUAAUUCAAUCAAUCCAUCGGACGAUCCGUACAAAUAUAAAGACAAAGUGUUAGCGUUGUCCACACAAUUUGGUUUCUAUAUUACACUGUUGGGAACGAUUCCAUCAGUGGUUUGGUCCCUAUUUAUCGGUGCAUUUACUGACAAAUUCCUGAGCGGACGCAAAAUUGUAAUGUGUUUAUCGAGUCCAUAUUAUCUACUCUUGACUUCAUUGCCGGCUCUGUUCACUGGCGGUGGCUUUGGCUCAAUAAUGGCAGUCUAUUCUUACGCUUCAGUUCAUACAAGUGAAAAGUUUCGUUCAAUACGUUUCGCGAUCAUUGAAUUCAGCUUUUUCUUAGGCAUUCCUUUGGGAACAUACGUUGGUGGACAGCCAAACAGUGGUGAUGAGAGACAAAUACUGGUAGACAAUGAAGUACUCGACGCCAAUUCAAACAAAACAACCACAUCUGAAGUGGUUAUACAACCAGAAUCAUCACCUUCAGAGGAAUUUCAUAAAUGGUAA